AUGAAGAUCGCUAUCGAAGGGUGCUGCCACGGAGAGCUGGACAAUAUCUACCAAACUAUCGAAGUCGCGAAAAACCAAGCAGGUAUCGAGGCGCCCGACGUGCUGAUCUGCUGUGGAGAUUUUCAAUCGUUUAGGAAUCAUUCAGAUUUGCAAACCUUUGCGGCUCCCGUCAAGUACCGCCAACUGGGAACAUUUUGGCAAUAUUAUAGUGGAGAGAAGGUAGCCCCAAUCUUGACAAUAUUUGUUGGUGGAAACCACGAAGCCUCAGGUUAUUUAUGGGAGCUCUAUCACGGUGGGUGGGUCGCGCCCAACAUCUAUUUCUUGGGUUUCGCGGGCUCUUUGAUUCUUACAAAAGAAUUGCCGGAUGGAUCGAUCGACUCGAUUCGAAUCAGUGGUGCGAGUGGGAUUUACAAAAGGCAUGAUUACACUGCUGGCCAUUAUGAACGUCUUCCCUAUGAUAAGGGAACGAUUCGCUCCAUAUAUCAUGUGCGCGAAUAUGAUAUCUUCCGACUUAGCCAACUGCCGAUUGCAACUUCAAGCGACAUCUUUGUAUCCCAUGACUGGCCCGUCGGUAUUGAGCAGUAUGGGAACACAGCUCAACUUCUCCGGGCAAAGCCUUUUUUCAAGGAUGAGGUUACUUCAAACACGCUUGGCUCACCCCCGCUCAUGCAUUUACUCAAGACCAUCAAACCCCAUUAUUGGUUUUCAGCUCAUCUCCAUGUCAAAUUCGCCGCCUUGUAUCAUCACGGCCAGCGUCCACAAAGUGAUCAUCAAUCACCUGUAAAAUCAGUAGCACUUAAUCCAGACGAAUUGCGAAUAGAUGUUGACCAUGAUGAUGAACAGAAACAUCCAUCCGCCUCCUCCAAUCCGCCCCUCCUGAAUCCAGACAUGAUACAUAUUGAUGUCAGUGAUGAAGACGAGCAGAAAAACUCUUCCACAUUAGUCCAACCCCCCACCCUCAAUCCUGACGCCAUAGAUAUUGCUGACAGUGACGACGAAAACGCACCCGAAUGCAAAUCAUUAGAUCCCUGUGCUCAGUCAAUCCAUUCGCACAUUCACGGGUUUUCUGAGCCCUUUACUUCCAACUCGGAUCUGAAGGAGACAGACGGUCAUGUGAAGCACCAUCAGUUCACCGCGAUCUUCAAAACAGAACCGGUAUCCGCACCCCCGCCCGCCGACAUAGGCCAAGCUCAAAAAGAAACCGCAAGAUCUACCGCAGAAGACCUGCAUCGCCUACAAAAUCUCCCGAUUCAUUCUGCGACAAGAUCUACUCGAUUCCUAGCGCUAGACAAGUGUCUACCCCGAAAGGAUUUUCUGCAGAUUCUUGAUAUACCCCCACCUUCUACAUCUGCGAAAAUCUCAGCACCGUCUUCGCGACAGAAAACUGGAGAGUCUAUCAAUGAUUCUCAGGCGGAACCAAGUAUUAUUCGAAACUCGGAUGGCAGCACAGCCAAACUGUUUUUUGAUCCGCACUGGCUUGCUAUUACACGGGCGUUCCAUCCCUUUCUACCACUACAGCAGUACGGAAACCCUAAACUACCCACUGAUCGCAUCGCAAUACAAAAAUUGAUCGAUCGGGAAUUGGAUAUGUCCGAUGAAAAGGAUUUCUUUCAAGAUGCAGUCAGAUCUAAGCGCAAAAAAACACCUUCUACUUCUCCUUAUCCCAAGAAAAAGCCUGCUCAAUCAACCUCGAACAAGUCACGAUUAUCUUCAGCCAAAUCUGUAUUGAUUUCAAUGGACUCCUCCAAGCGCUUCAUUGACUGUGGCUUUGUCCUCUAUCAAGAUUCCAAACUUGAAAAAGAUGUUGGCAUCUUGAAUGUCAAGCGUAAAGUCAAUUUGUCUGAUCCCAAUUCUUUUGAAAACCUUCUUGGACAACUCUGGGACAUAUUCUCCCAAGAGCUUCCAAAGUACACACACAUCAAACACCUCCCACCAUCUGUCAAGAACUAUAUUAGUCUAUCCGAAGGAAAAAGCCGUCUUACCAAUCAAGAGUCUCUUAUCUAUGUCUUGGAACAAUCUACCAACAAAAAGCCAGUUCAGAUUGAUCUUACGUAUCAACAUCCAGACCUUGACAAUGACAAAGGAUUCAAAGAAUCAAACUCCGAUUCCGACUCCGACUCACCACCAGCUUCAAAACCAGCACCUUCUUUAUCAAGAAAGCGCCACCGUCCUUCAACUGAUCCAGUCAAGUAUCACCUCAGCAAUUGA